GAGUGGAAACGGUACGGGGAAUCUGAAGCGGAAGCGGAAGCGGAAGCGGAAGAAGCUUCGUAUCCUUCCCUUCUAUGGACUCCGAUUCCCCCAAAUCACCGAACCGAUUCGUAUUCGCUUGCCUCUCCCUUAAAUUCCACCCCCGCUUCCCGCCCUCCACAUCGAAAGCUCCGCCCCCUCUCUCGAACUCUCCUCUCCUCCGAUCUCUCCCGAUGGGUGCCGACCGGAUCUCGGCUGUGAUUCUGGAUUUGGAUGGAACUCUUCUGGACACGGAGAGGGCAACCGGCGGAAUCUUAGAGGAGUUCCUGGCGAGGCAUGGGAAAGCGUUGGACGCCGCGAUGGAGGAGAAGCGGCUGGGGAAGAUGCACAAGGAGUCGGCGGCUGCCAUCGUCCAGGACUACGGGCUGCCGAUGACACCCGAGGAGUUCUCCGAGGCGAUCAUGCCUUUGUUUCAGGAAAGGUGGCCACAAGCAAAAGCACUUCCUGGUGUUAAUCGCCUUAUCAAACAUCUCCACAACCAUGGGAUUCCAUUGGCACUUGCUUCAAACUCCAUAAGGGAACAUAUUGAGAUAAAAAUUUCCUACCAACAAGGUUGGAAGGAAUCAUUUUCUGUCAUUCUUGGUGGGGAUGAUGUUAGUCAUGGAAAACCUUCUCCCGACAUAUUCCUAGAGGCAGCAAAGAGACUUGGAGUAGACAUAUCAAAAUGUCUAGUCAUUGAAGAUUCCCUGGUUGGUGUGAGAGGUGCAAAGGAUGCUGGAGCAGAGGUUGUUGCCGUUCCAUCUCUCCAAGGACAGGAUGAAAAUUAUUCCAUUGCAAAUUGUUUGCUUCAUACACUAUUAGAGUUUCAGCCUGAGUUAUGGGGCCUCCCAGCAUUUGAAGAUGGGUUGCAAAGUGCAUUGCCAAUUGAACCAUUAUUUAUUAGAGGCCUGGGUGGAGAGGUAGUUUCUUAUGAUGGCUUCUCAAAAAUUGAUAUCACUGCAGAUACUGGCUCGUAUGAAUUUAUUCCUCAUCAAGUAUGGGGUGUCUUCAUUGGUUGGGCAAACAUUGAAAUGCAUGGAAUAUAUAAGGUGGUCGUUUGCAUUGGAUGGGAUACCUCUUCUGGUGCUGCAAAGAGAGUAAUUCUACCAUACUUAAUCGACCAUACUGAAAGCCACAAGAAUGAGCGAUUGCAGCUAUUCAUUGUUGGAUAUGUCAGGAAAUUACAAAAUGAGGCCUUAGGCGCACUCGUUUUCCUGACUACUGAGCAAGAAUUUUAUGCUAGGUACUAUGUCGGAGGCUCUUCGGGUAUUCGAAGAAGAUGUCAAUAUUGCACGGGCUGCAUUGGAUAUCCCAGUGUUCUCCCUUCCCACAAGUAGCUCCCUCUUUGUGGAAGCAGCCUUUGAUUAGGAAAUGCGUCUUCAAUCAUAAAUACACAUUUAUGCUGAUUUGAGGGCUUUCAUGUAUGCUUUAAUGAUUUGAGUCAAUUAUGUCAUAUUUACGUAUCGAUGCUACCCUUAAAUCAUACUUAAGGGUAUUUAAGUAAUAUUUUGGUUGAAGCAA